AUGGAAAAUUCCUCUAGCUCUGCACCUCCAUCUCCACCACUCCGAGGAUCCGACAUGCCCAUAGGACGUGGUUACUUUUCCGUGCCGUUCGAACGCUUCGUGCGCGACGACGUCUCUGACUGGGCGAGCGGGUUCACCCUACUAGACACUCUGGAGACGUACUUUGAUUCACGACUAGACCUACUUCAACGAAAUUGGGUGAAACAUAGUGAUCGCCUGAAAAUGAAAGCCGAGGGAACUAUACAGGAGGUAUUGAAGAAGGAUGUCUUUAGGAUUGUGCCCGGGUCUAGCGACCAUCUCGAUCGAGAAGUGCAGAGAUUCAAAUUGAAAGUCUCCCGGCGACUCCUAGCCACAACAAGAGCGUGGCACUCCGCCAAUGUUGUGCGAACGCGAGAAAAAGUUACAUUUUUUCUCGGAGUGAUGUCUUUAUUUGUGACAUCGUUGUUGUUCGGAAUGGCUCCAGAGUGGAUCCACAUCGCGUACACCAUCCAGGCUGCGUACUAUCUUCCUAUGCGCGUAUACCUAUACAAGAAGCGUCAUUGGCAUUACUUCCUCUUUGAUCUCUGCUACUACACCAACCUCCUCAAUUUUGUCUACAUCUGGCUGCUUCCUGCCAACUCAGCUCUCUUCGUGGCCUGCUAUUGUCUGUCACACGGAUCUGUUGCGAGCGCUGUCAUAACAUGGAGGAAUAGCUUGGUGUUCCAUGACUUUGACAAAGUCACGUCCCUCUUCGUACACAUCUACCCGCCACUCGUCUUCACGGUAAUCAGGCAUUACUACGUUAAUGCGGAGGAGCGCUUCCCAGCGCUUCUGGACCUGCCGCAUCUCGAUCCUAUCCGAUCCCUGCUUUUGAGCAGCAUCAUUUAUCUUAUUUGGCAACUGCUGUACUGGAAAUUUGUUUUCAUCAAUCGCCGUACAAAGAUCCAAUCAGGCCAGCGUGCGACAUCCCUGACGUACCUUCUCAAUGACAAACGUGGGGUGAUUGGACGUACAUUAGUCGCUGUCGCACCCGAACGUCGCGAAAUAUGGUUCAUGAUUGGCCAACUCUUCUACACCAUUUUGACCGAGCUCCCCGCUGUCUUCCUACUAUACGACAGCUCAUUCUGGAGUGGGACGUUCUUGAUCUUUAUUUUCGCCGUAAGCGUCUGGAACGGCGGCGGCUUCUACAUUGAGGUCUUCGGCAGGAAGUUCGAACGUGAACUAGAUGCACUACGCAAGGAACUGGCAGAAGUGACUGCGCGCUCAGAGCGAUCAAGUCCGACUUUGGAGCCACAAAGCGAUGACGACCUGGCCACCGUCUCCAGUUCGCCCGAUAUGUCCAAAGUGACGUCACCUGUUCUUUCCGCCACAGAUCUCCCACUCGAGCCUCUUUCCCGGGUCUCUUCAUGA